ACUAUCGUUCCACUUCUCCCCAUGGACCUGCAUGGUCAAAUGAGUCGAUUUUCAUGCCAACGCGCUAGCUCUGGUGUUUUCCCCGUGGUCCAAUUACAUUAAUCCAUCGUUUUUAAUACUAGCCUGAUGUAAAAAUUUGCCGGACGGCGAAGCUUCGUGAACUUCCUCCUCUCGUACCACCUUGUACCGAGAACUUUGUUUCAAUAUCUGGAUGCUGUGUCGUGCCACUUACUCUUCCUAUAAAGCUACACUGGCUUCUGCGUUCAACCGCCCAGCACGUUCUCUCGCAUUCCAAUUUUCAUACCAUGGCGUCAACUCGUUUUCCUCCCCAUUUUGCUCAAACUGAUCACCGUCAGCGCUCUCUCAACCAAAUGCGUUCCAAACAGCUUAGUCUUGAAAAAUACAUCUACCUAAAUGGCCUCAAAGGGCGUGACUCUAAUCUGUUCUAUGACAUUUUGCUUGAGAACAUGCAAGUAAGCAUACUCGUCUGCUCUUCGAAGGUUGGAGAAGCUUGUGUCAACUACUCCCAUAUAUGGAGGCGACCCGAGGGUCUUUAUGUCUCCAUUGAAGACAAGGGUCGCAUUCGCGACGUUUUGGCCACCUGGCCAAAUUUCAACGAUGGUCGUAUAGCUGUCGUUACCGAUGGCUCUCGUAUUCUCGGUUUGGGCGAUCUUGGGGCAAACGGUCUGCCUAUCAGUCUUGGCAAAUUGGACCUCUACAUCGCUGGUGCCGGCAUCAAACCGACAUCUACUGUCCCGAUUUGCCUGGAUUUAGGUACCAAUACACAACGUUACCUCGAUGAUCCUCUCUACAUCGGCGUUCGCCGCCCACGCCCGUUGGCCGCGGAAAUGGACGAAUUCAUGGACGAGUUCAUGGAGGCCAUGAAAGAAGUCUUCCCUACCCUACUAGUACAAUUCGAAGACUUCUCAACGGACAACGCGUUCAAAUACCUUGAACGGUACCGCCAUCAAUAUCGUGUUUUCAAUGAUGAUGUCAGUCGAUCACAUUCCAACUCUCACUCUGUUUUUAUGUUGACCCCUGUGCAGAUCCAAGGCACUGGAUCCGUGAUCUUGUCAGGUUUCACAAAUGCCGCUCGUUUGUCUUCUGCCGCUUCCGGGCUGCCACCAUCAGAUCACAAAAUCCUGUUCCUCGGAGCCGGUUCUGCAGGUAUCGGUGUUGCCAAGCAAUUAUUGUCCUUCUUUACCUUGUCUGGCCUGAGUCCCGAAGAGGCAAGGUCUCGAAUCUACACUGUUGAUUCAAAAGGUCUUAUUACUGCCAACCGCAAAGGUCUUCAAGAGCACAAGAAGUUCUUCGCGCGCACUGAUUACGAUGGCCCCGCGCUCACUGACCUCGUUGACAUCAUCAAUCACGUGAAGCCCACCGCCUUGCUCGGCCUGAGCACCAUCAGAAAUGCAUUCACCGAGAAAGUUGUUAAGGCGAUGUGUGCGUUGAACCCCCGUCCCAUCAUCUUUCCCUUGUCGAAUCCCGUCGCGCUAUGCGAACUGGACUACCAGGACGCCAUCGAAUGGUCCGAUGGACAGGUCAUCUUUGCGUCAGGCAGCCCGUACGAGCCCUUGUCUCAUAAUGGUGUCGUGUACGAGCCUGGCCAAGGAAACAACAUGUACAUCUUCCCCGGUAUCGGCCUCGGCGCAAUCCUCUCCCGAACUCGGCACGUAUCAGAUGCUAUGGUCGAACAGGCAGCCAUUGCACUUGCCAACUCCUUGACCGAGGAAGAGAAGGCGGCCGAGCUUGUAUAUCCUCGCCUUGCGCGCAUCAGGGAUAUCAGCGCCCAGGUCGCAUUUGCCGUUAUCAGACAAGCCCAACAAGAUAAAUUGGACGAUAAUGCUUAUCUGCGUACACUCCCCGAUUCCGAUCUUUUGGGACUCAUUCAUGACAAGAUGUGGCAGCCAUCUGCGUUGCAGCUGCGUUCAUUUACGCGACUUUAGUUACUCGGGGGGAUGGAGUUAAGACAGAAGUCUGAGACUGUCAGGACGGGCGACGGAGAAUGCGGGAGGGCGACGGAAUGUUUCUAUUCUUGGCUUUUGUCACUUGCAUGCUAUUGCUCUCCUUAUGUCCCAUUCAUCGUCCUCCACCGGACAGUGUGUAUGUAUGUAUUGUUAAUUAUUUGAAUAGAAGGAACUAGAAGAAUCG